AAAAAUCAAUUCUGACAUGUCAUCUAGUUUUGCCUUCCAGUUUAUGCUGUGUGCACUUAUUACUCUCCAAGUGCACAGUGAUGUGACAACUGUAAAUGAGAUCCUGGGUGGUUUUGUUACAUUUCACCUCGAUUAUCCUGACUUCGAAUACCCUGCUCACAUCACCUGGAAGAAGGGGAAUACAUUGUUACAUAACAGGACAUAUCAUAGGUUAACUAUGUCUUCUAAUGGAACCUUGGCACUUAAGAAUAUAGAGAAAAAGGAUGAAGGACAAUACACAGCGAGUGUAUAUAACAUAACUAGAAAUCUUGUCUACCAAAGAAUUUUUCAACUAUACAUACACGAGCCAACCCAAAUCCCAGCUGUUCAUGUCUCCGGCCACAGUGAUGAGAGAGAUUUACUUUGUGAGAGGGCUAACCGUUCCGGUCUCCGCUUUCAUUGGACGCUGAAUGGACACCCAGUGGACCUGACUGAGACUGAGGAUGAUGGCAAGAGGAUUAUUUUGGCGAAAGAGGUGGCCGGAAAGCUUGACUGUCAGAUUCACCAUAAAAACAGCACCAAUGAGUGUUCUAUCAUAGAACUGAAGUGUAAGGAAAGAGACCUGCUGCAGCAACCUUUGUUCCUUUACACCCUGGCAGCAUGUGGAGGAGGUGCAAUUGUCCUGGCUGUUAUAGCGUCACUGAUAACAUGCUGCUGUCUGAAAAGCAAACAGCAGUUCAUUCCGGUGCCUUCUGAGGAGGAAAAGGAAGAGGGAAUGACGAUGUCAGUCAUCUCCAAUGAAGGAACAAAGAGCCCUCCAAAUGGAGACCACCAUGAGGCACCAUCUGCCCCAGAUGACAGCCCUCCAAACCCUGAAAGCACAGAGACCUGUCAAGACCUUGAGGCAGAGCCCAAGAUGGAGGCAGCCUCUGAGGUGACACCAGAUCCAGAGGUGGUUGUUGACAUCAACAAUGAGGAAUUUCUGUGCGACUCUUUCCCUGAUCCUAUUGAUCCCUGACCAGACACGCUCACUGUACCAUCCUGGAGUCUGGAGGGGCAUCCCCUCUGUAUUCCAUAGUCUCAUUCCAUGUAAGAACUUGUCUGCAAAAUAACUGAAUUAGAGGGGGGAAGUCCACAUGUGCACAGAUUACAGGCCUGCCAAUCUUCUUAAAAACCAUGCUUGGGCACUAUCAUUAGCAAUGGGCAAACAGGUUCAAAUAUUAAUAAGACUCCCCCAACUCCAUGAACAUUUGCCUAUUUAUAAGACUGUGCCUGAGCUAUGAAGCUGUGUGGCAUGCCCUGAAAGGAGCUGGGUAACCCUCGCCCCACCCAUUAUUUUUCAUGUCUUUGCCCCUCUGAGAUUCCUGGCUAGGUACCAGGAUGGACACAACAUUUAAUCUGAGACCAAAACCAGGAUGUGUCAGAAAUUUCCUGGGAAAGCCUAUUCUCAUGAGAUUUCCAGCCAUAUUUUGCAGACUUGAGGUCAAGGAAAGGCUGAGAUAAGCAUUCAUUGUGAUGGGUGCUUAUCUGAACCUGAUCCUUUGCAUUUCACCCAUAACUAGUUAUUAUGUGAUGCUGAGAGAUGUGAACCAGCUGUGAUGGCUGGACAUAUUGGAAGAGGAUGACUUUGGGUCUCCCAGUAUAUUUGUUGCUCAGUAAUGACCAACAGGUGGUUAUAUGUUUUCCCUUCCACUGAUGCUGAUUGCAUAGUGAGAUGAGUGAUUUGCAGCUGGUGUGUCAGUGGGCUGCUUGCCUUUAUCAUAAGUGUUUUCAUGGCAUCCACCUAUGAUUCUGAAAAGGUGGCUAGUGUAAAGCUGAGAGUGUUGAAUGGUGUAGUCCUUAAGGCAUUACUGCCUGAAAUAUAAUGGUCUGGCUACUGCAGGCUGAUUAAGCUGGUCUUCUGUGUGUGCUUGGGCUUUUUCUCCUCUGUUAUCUGCACAGACAGCUGUAGCUUAGAGAAUUCCUUAAGUGGGCUCAUCCUGGAGCCUGCUCAGUAUUAUGCCCAUUGACUUUGCUUGGAAGAGACUUGGGAGUGGAGUAGUGGGGUUUUGAUGGAGACUUGUUAGCAGAGAUAUAUAAAGGGGAAUCAAGGUAGCAGGGGACCCUACAGGCCAGGAGCAAGGAACACUAGAAAACUGCAGGUGAGUCUAUCCUGGGGAGCUGCUGGUUUGGGCUGAGCUAUGUUUGCAGUGUGUGGGGUGGGGGAUGAGUGCUGGGGUGGGUUCAAGAAAUCAAGUUUCCCUUGCUUUGAGAGAGCUGGGGAGAUGAGGGUCAGUUUAAUGUCAAAGCAGGUGAUGCAGUUCAGGGCUGAGCUGCAUUGGCAAAGCUGUGGUGGCUGAGAACAUUGCAUUGCAUUUUCUCUAGUGAAUGCUGUUAUAACCUCCAUUUGGUCACCAUUCACUGAUAUUUGCCACCCCCACCCCACAAAAAAAAAAUCCCCUGGAAACAGAACUGAGUGGUGGUUUGUACACACUUUCUGAUGCGGGCUGCAAGCACCUCAGUAAGGAAACAUUGCCUGUCUCCUGGCCUGGGAGCUGGAGAGAAUGGCACACAAUAGCUGAAGAAUCACUUCACGCAUUUUGAUGGCAAAGGUCUGUAUUGGUGAUGUCACUGGGUAGUUUGUUCCUGUUCUGUUUCCUCUGAUUUUAAGACUCCAUUUAUAAGCUCCUGCAGGUCUAGUAGCAGGGAGGCAAAGGUUCUUAGAUGUCAUGUGCCACAGGUGACUGUUCAACUUUCCAGCUGCUAGGAAACACCCUAUCUGUUAGGCUCAGACUUUCUAUGAUGGGAAAGG